AUGUGCUACCUCAACCUUGAUCCCUGUACGGAAGAUCGCUCACGGGGGCGAGACAUCCAUAUCUACGAUGUCAACGAUCGGGAUACAGUACUUGGUGGUCUAAUCCUCACAAACGGCAUCACAAAUGCCAACUUCUUCUCGAUGGUAGAGAUUCUUGUCUUGUUCACAAGUAGCUUUGAAUUACGAGAUGAGGACGAUACCAAAAUCGAAAGGAAUGACAGCCAGCUUCAGCCGGGGAAGUACUAUAUAACUGCUGCUGAUCCUUUCUCGGUCAACAAUGAGCCGUGGCUUCUCCGUACCAUAUCUCACACCACUGGAACUCGUGUCAAACCCUUCUGCGCAGCUACACGUGCGCGAGAUCGUCGAUGCGUCAUAUCUGGAAACGGCUACGAUCGCGGGAUUACAAUUCCGCCGGAGAAGGGUGAAGCCAUUAACUCUGUACAAAAUGGAUUGUUGCUUCGAACUGAUAUACACGAGUUGUUCGAUAUGUUUAACAUUUCAAUUAACCCCGACGACAAUUAUAAUAUUGUUUUCUUCACCCGUGAUGCGAACGGUUUGGCCGGCAAGUGUCUUGACAAAAACUUUCGAGGUAACCUUCAACGACCUGUCGAUCAGGUUUUGCGAUGGCACUUUAGACAGGCUGCCCUGGCAAACAUGAGGGAUGCUGGCGAGCCUCGGUUCGAGCAUGACUUCCCGUCUGGCUCGGAUAUAGUUGGUGACAUUCUCCAUGGUCCAAAGGCGGCCGGAAGGAUGGAACUCGAGCUGUUCAACCGCCUAGUAGCACAGGUUGAUGUAUGGGGCGUUUCUUCUAGCUAG